CUGGGGCUUCAAAGUGUUCGCCUCCCGUUGAGGCUAGGCAUUAAUUUAAAUGGCGACUGAGCUGUCUGAAGCCGAUCCCGCACACCGUAAGGCAGUUCCACUCUUAACAGGAGCUCCCCUGGACAAGUUGAGUGAGACAGUUGAAGACACAGCCAUGCCGAUCCGCCGGGCGGUGAACGCUUCUUCUCGGGAAACUCCUCCCAAAAGCAAGUCUGCUGAAAGUGAGGAGGCCAAACCAGAGCCGGAUGUCAGCUCAGAAGAAUCCGCCUCCACCGUGGAGGAGCAGGAGAAUCGGGCACCCGUGGCUCCCGCCGGUGAGGCCGAGCAGCCGAAGGAGCCAGAGGAGGAGAAGGCAGAGGUGAAGCCUGCCGAGGAAGCCAAGAAGGAGGAGAAGGAUCCGGCGAAGGAGAAGGAGAAGGAGAAGAAGGUGAAAAAGACCAUUCCCGCCUGGGCGACUCUUUCGGCCAGCCAGCUAGCCCGAGCGCAGAAGCAGACGCAGAUGGCCGCUUCCUCUCGGCCCAAGAUGGACGCCAUUUUGAUCGAAGCCAUCAAGGCGUGCUAUCAGAAAGGCGGGGCCUCGGUGGUCGCCAUCCGAAAGUUCAUCAUCAGCAGGUACCCCUCGCUGGACCUGGAGCGGAGGGGGUACCUCCUGAAGCAGGCCUUGAAGAGGGAACUCGAGCGGGGGGUCAUACGGCAGGUGAAAGGGAAAGGAGCGUCCGGAAGCUUUGUGGUGGCCCCCAACUCCGGGAAAGCAGCCUCCAAGUCCAGAGAUCGGAAGAGGAGCUUGUCGGCCUCCAGCGCAGAGCAGCACGUGAAGCUGGAGGACGUCCUGCCGCUGGCCUUCACCCGCCUCUGCGAGCCCAAGGAGGCCUCCUACAGCCUGAUCAAAAAAUACGUGUCCCAAUAUUAUCCCAAGCUGAAGGUCGACAUCCGGCCCCAGCUGCUGAAGAACGCCCUGCAGCGGGCAGUGGAGAAGGGCCAGCUGGAGCAGAUCACGGGCAAGGGGGCUUCCGGCACCUUCCAGCUGAAGAAGUCGGGGGAGAAGCCGCUGCUGGGCGGAAGCCUGAUGGAGGACGCCAUCCUCUCCGCCAUCGCGGCCAUGAACGAGCCCAAGACCUGCUCCACCACCGCCCUCAAGAAAUACGUCCUGGAGAAGCACCCUGGCACCAACUCCAGCCUCCAGGUUCAUCUCCUGAAGAGGACUCUGCAGAAGUGCGAGAAGUACGGCUGGAUGGAGCAGAUCUCCGGCAAGGGCUUCAGCGGCACCUUCCAGCUGUGUUUUCCCUACUAUCCAAGCCCCGGCAUUCUGUUCCCUGAGAAGCAGAAGGAGGACAAGGAGGAGGAGGAGGACGAAGACGAAGAGGAGGAGACAGAUGAGGAGGAGGAGGAGGAGGAAGAGGAGGAAGAGGAGCCUCCUCCAAAGAAGAGGAUGCCGAAGCGGCCCCCACCCAAAGCCCGGAACAGAGCCCCUCCCCUGGUGAAGCGACGAGAGGUCAAGCCCACCCCACGGAAGGCUCCCUUGGCGCACCGCGGGAAAGCCAAGCCACCGCCCCCGCCCCCGCCCCCACCCCCCAAAGCCAAGAAAGCCAAGGGCGUGCCUGCCCGGCCAGCGGUCAAGAGUCUCUCCAGCACCAGCCCGGCCCCCCCCAAGAAGCCGGCUGCAGUGGCCGCGGCCAGCGCCAAGCGGGACCGGAAGGACCGGAAGAAGCCCCCCGCGAAGAGGACCAAGGCCAAGACCACCAUGCGGAAGUCGCUCAGAGCCAAGAAGUAG